AUGGGGACCCCCUUAGCAGUGGGGCCAGGCCCCAAGGGGACCCCCUUAGCAGUGGGGCCAGGCGCCAAGGGGACCCCCAUGGGUGAGCAGCAGGUCCCGGGGCCGGCCCCCCCGCAGCCCCCCAGCACUGCCCGGCCCGGCCCGGUGCCCGCCGUGCCCCGUGGAGCGCCGCCGCCGUGUGCCCAGCACCCGCGGCCCCAUGGAGGGGAGCCCGAGGGGCGGCGGAGCGGAGCCGUGCUGCCCGGCCUGGCUGCGGCCCUGGCCCUCUGCUACCUGCGGGACCGGCGGUCCAAGGAAGAUGCUCUGCUGGAAGCCGCCAGGUUCAACAACGUUCCGGAGGUCAGCAGGCUGCUGGUGGACGGCGCGGACGUGAACGCGAGGCACAGGCUGGGCUGGACGGCGCUCAUGGUGGCAGCCAUCAGCAGGAACUCCAGCGUGGUGAAGAUCCUGCUGGCAGCCAAUGCAGAUCCAAACCUUGGAGAUGACUUCAGCAGCGUCUAUGAGACUGCCAAGGAGAAAGGCCUCCACUCUUUGGAAGUGCUCGUGACGCGGGAGGACGACUUCAGCAACCGCCUCAACAUCAGGGCCAACUUCAGGGGCUGCACGGCCCUGCACUACGCCGUGCUGGCCGACGACCGCCCCACGGUCACGCUGCUGCUGGAGGCAGGUGCCAACCCGCUGCAGAAGAACGAGAUGGGCCAUACCCCCCUGGACUACGCCCGCGAUGGGGAGGUCAAGGACCUCCUGAAAGCAGCAGAGACAAAGUUCCAGGAGGAGCAGCGCCGGAGGGAGGUGGAGGAGCGCCGGAGGUUCCCGCUGGAGCAGCGGCUCAAGGAGCACAUCAUCGGCCAGGAGAGCGCCAUUGCCACGGUGGGAGCAGCCAUUCGGAGGAAGGAGAACGGCUGGUACGACGAGGAGCACCCGCUCGUCUUUCUGUUCCUGGGAUCCUCUGGAAUAGGUAAAACGGAGCUGGCCAAGCAGACAGCCAAGUACAUCCAUAAGGAUGUCAAAAAGGGCUUCAUCAGACUGGACAUGUCGGAGUUCCAGGAGAGGCACGAGGUUGCCAAGUUCAUCGGCUCCCCUCCAGGCUAUGUGGGCCACGAGGAGGGGGGGCAGCUCACCAAGAGGCUGAGGCAGUGCCCCAACGCCGUGGUGCUCUUCGAUGAGGUUGACAAAGCCCACCCGGACGUGCUCACCAUCAUGCUGCAGCUCUUCGAUGAGGGCAGGCUGACGGAUGGGAAGGGCAAGACCAUCGACUGCAAGGAUGCCAUCUUCAUCAUGACCUCCAACGUGGCCAGCGAGGAGAUCGCCCAGCACGCGCUGCAGCUGCGGCAGGAGGCCCUGGAGAUGAGCAAGAAGAGGAUAGCAGAAAACCUAGAGGACGUGCAGAUGACCGACAGGAUCACCAUCUCCAAGCAGUUCAAGGAGAAGGUCAUUCGCCCCAUCCUGAAGGCUCACUUCAAACGUGACGAGUUCCUGGGCAGGAUCAAUGAGAUUGUCUAUUUCCUGCCCUUCUGCCACGCGGAGCUCAUCCAGUUGGUCAACAAGGAGCUGAACUUCUGGGCCAAGAAGGCCAAGGCGAGGCACAACAUCACCCUGCUCUGGGACAGGGAGGUCAUGGAUGUGCUGGCUGAUGGCUACAACCUGCACUACGGAGCCCGCUCCAUCAAGCACGAGGUGGAGCGGCGCGUGGUGAACCAGCUGGCCGCUGCCCACGAGCAGGACCUGCUGCCCCGCGGCUGCACCCUCCGCAUCGCCGUCGAGGGCUCGGACAAGCAGCUCCUCAAGGGCCAGGAGAGCUCGUCCCCGGGCGCUGGGGCGGGCAGGGUCCCCACGCUGCGCCUGGAGAUCGUGGAGCAGGGCAGCAGGGCCCGCAGGCUGGACAUCCAGCCCCCGCUCAGCCCCGAGAGCAUCACCUACUUCUGUAGGCAAUAA